GAGAUGCUGAGCCUUCCGCGGAGGCAGCGGCGGCGGCGGCGGCAGUGGCGAGAGCGGGAGGAGGGAGGCAAGGCAGGAAGCGGGCAGCCGAAGGCCGGGCUGUGUGGCUGGACCGGGUACUGGCUGCGCUGCGCUGCUCUCGGCUCCGACGGCCUCUCCCAUGCGCUGAGGGCGCCCGGGCCGGAGGCCGGAGGGGAGGCUCCUCUCCAUGGUCCAGAAGACCAGCAUGUCCCGGGGCCCUUACCCACCCUCCCAGGAGAUCCCCAUGGAGGUCUUCGACCCCAGCCCACAGGGCAAAUACAGCAAGAGGAAAGGGCGGUUCAAACGGUCGGACGGGAGCACGUCCUCAGAUACCACAUCCAACAGCUUUGUCCGCCAGGGCUCAGCGGAGUCCUACACCAGCCGUCCAUCGGACUCUGAUGUGUCUUUGGAGGAAGACCGGGAAGCCUUAAGGAAGGAGGCAGAGCGCCAGGCGUUAGCUCAGCUCGAGAAAGCCAAGACCAAGCCAGUUGCAUUUGCUGUGAGGACAAAUGUUGGCUACAAUCCAUCUCCAGGGGAUGAGGUGCCUGUGCAGGGAGUGGCCAUUACCUUUGAACCCAAGGACUUCCUGCAUAUCAAGGAGAAAUACAAUAAUGACUGGUGGAUCGGGCGGCUGGUGAAGGAAGGCUGCGAGGUUGGCUUCAUCCCGAGCCCCGUCAAACUGGACAGCCUGCGCCUGCUGCAGGAACAGAAGCUGCGCCAGAACCGCCUCAGCUCCAGCAAAUCAGGUGACAACUCCAGUUCCAGUCUGGGAGACGUGGUGACUGGCACGCGCCGCCCCACGCCCCCUGCCAGUGGUAACGAAAUGACUAACUUAGCUUUUGAACUAGACCCCCUAGAAUUAGAGGAGGAGGAGGCAGAACUUGCUGAGCAGAGUGGCUCUGCCAAGACUAGUGUUAGCAGUGUCACCACCCCGCCACCCCACGGCAAACGCAUCCCCUUCUUUAAGAAGACAGAGCAUGUGCCCCCCUAUGACGUGGUGCCUUCCAUGAGGCCCAUCAUCCUGGUGGGACCGUCGCUCAAGGGCUAUGAGGUUACAGACAUGAUGCAGAAAGCUUUAUUUGAUUUCUUGAAGCAUCGGUUUGAUGGCAGGAUCUCCAUCACUCGUGUGACAGCAGACAUUUCCCUGGCUAAGCGCUCAGUCCUCAACAACCCCAGCAAGCACAUCAUCAUCGAGCGCUCCAACACGCGCUCCAGCCUGGCUGAGGUGCAGAGUGAGAUCGAGAGAAUCUUCGAGCUGGCCCGGACCCUUCAGUUGGUCGCUCUGGAUGCCGACACCAUCAACCACCCAGCCCAGCUGUCCAAGACCUCGCUGGCCCCCAUCAUUGUUUACAUCAAGAUCACCUCUCCCAAGGUACUUCAGAGGCUCAUCAAGUCCCGAGGGAAGUCUCAGUCCAAACACCUCAAUGUCCAAAUAGCAGCCUCGGAGAAGCUGGCUCAGUGUCCCCCGGAAAUGUUCGACAUCAUCCUGGACGAGAACCAAUUGGAGGAUGCGUGCGAGCACCUGGCCGAGUACUUGGAAGCCUAUUGGAAGGCCACACACCCGCCCAGCAGCACGCCGCCCAAUCCGCUGCUGAACCGCACCAUGGCUACUGCAGCCCUGGCCGCCAGCCCUGCCCCUGUCUCCAACCUCCAGGGACCCUACCUUGCUUCCGGGGACCAGCCACUGGAACGCGCCACUGGGGAGCACGCCAGCGUGCACGAGUACCCCGGGGAGCUGGGCCAGCCUCCAGGCCUUUACCCCGGCAGCCACCCACCAGGCCGGGCAGGCACCCUGCGGGCACUGUCCCGCCAAGACACGUUUGAUGCCGACACCCCCGGCAGCCGAAACUCUGCCUACACGGAGCUGGGAGACUCAUGUGUGGACAUGGAGACUGACCCCUCAGAGGGGCCAGGGCUCGGAGACCCUGCAGGGGGCAGCACCCCACCAGCCCGACAAGGCUCCUGGGAGGAUGAAGAAGACUAUGAGGAAGAGCUGACCGACAACCGGAACCGGGGCCGGAAUAAGGCCCGCUACUGCGCGGAGGGUGGGGCUCCGGUUCUGGGGCGCAACAAGAAUGAGCUGGAGGGUUGGGGGCGAGGCGUCUACAUCCGCUGAGAGGCAGGGGCUCCUCCGUGGGAGGAAGGGCUCUGGGCCUGAGGGAGGGGAGGGACAGAGGGGCUCAGCACCUGAGGUAUAUCUUGCCUCCAGGGGGCUUGUCUCCCUCCUUUCCGAUGCCUUGCUCAGUGUUUGGGGUUUCUUUGGUGGUAUUAUCCCAGCUCCUGGGAGGCCCUUAAGCCUCAGCUAUAGGUUUUUACCUACCUGCUGUGGAUGGGUGGGGGGAUAUCCACCUUGCUAAAAUGUCCCCUUUUCCCCAUAUUAGGGGGCUCUCCCCCCUUACCCUCCCAGAGAAAAGGUGCACUUCCUUAAUUCUUUCUACUCGGGGCUCUAAGUGAAGGUCCUAAAUGGAGUGGCCCUUCUUUUCCCAACCUGGAGAGGAGGCCACAGAAUCUUUCCCAUGGGGUUCCUCUGCCCCAAACCCCAGAUCCAGGGUCCCUCCCCAUGCCCGCCCCUCCCCCCAGCUUCCUGGCAGCAUUGUCUGGUAGGUGAAAGCUACAGUGUGGAAACUCCAUGGGGAGCUUGUCUUAGGAGGGUCUGCGUGGGAACUGGCAGGCAUCAGAUAUAGCACCCUCUGCCCUCCAUGGCCAUGGCAAUGCCAGGGCCUAGAACCCCGAGGAGUGGGCUACCUGAGACGCUGCUACCCACCCCACCACCUCCAUGCCUCAGCCUUUGCCUACCCCAGGAAUGAGCUUUGCCUACAACAUCCCUUGCCUGCUGCCAUCAGAAGAGGGGGGCCCCUCUGCAUCUGAGCCCCCCACCCCAUCCCCGUGCCAACUGGGUGUGGAGCCCAUGGAACACUCUGGUCCGCCUCAUUUUAAACCAAAAAAUUGCUCCUUCACCCUCACCCUGAGGCCCCAGGGGAGAAGCCCUGUGGGUUGGUGCCCAGAAAGCAUUGUCUGGAGUUUGGAAACUCCAUGGGUGUGGAGCCCAUGGAGCACUCUGUUUGCCUCGGGACCUGGGAUCUCCCCUGGGGGGCUUGGCUGCUGCCUCCGCUGCUCUGUAUCUGCCUCUUGUCGUUCUGUUCUUUACCCACGUCCACUGCCCCCAGGAGAGGCCUUGGGGUAUCCCUCUCCUUUGGCAUCCCCAUAGCCCAGCAGCCCUGCCCCUCCCCAGCAUUCUAGCUGGGCCAGAGAGCCGAUUGUGCCAACAAGGACUGGGCCCUGCCCGGCUGCCCACCUCAGGGAUGGGCACUUCAUGCCUGUCUCGCCACCUCCUGUGCCAAUGUUGCCCCACCCCCCACCUGGGGGUGGGGUGCAGCUUCCACUUACUGAUUAGAAGACACCACUGCCCAACCUUUCCCCCUCCCUGUCUAGAGUCCUGUGCCCCCAUCUAUCUGUCUGUCUGUACUCCCCCAGGAGAAGUAUUUUGCCAUAUAUAAACCGCCGUCCUGUCCUUUGCGGCCA